AUGAAAGUCACCGAUAAGCUGAGGGAUCGUUCCUCGGGAGACCGUCUACGCAGGAUGGCGGUCUAUGCAGCCUGCAGUUUGGCAAUCGUAUUCUAUCUUUCGAUGAGAUACAGACCAUCAGUGUGUGGAGUUCGCGAUGGGAGCAAGACGACAAUGGAAGUAGUAUCGGUAGCUGAAGCCCUGUCGGAAGAAAGAAUGGAGUCUUAUAGAGCUUUGAAACUGACUCCGACGAAACCUGUGGUCAUUCGGGAUGCUGCCACGGGUCAGGAAAGGAAGAUUCAUGGCAGAUUUCUCCACAUCACUGACAUGCAUCCAGAUGCAUUUUACAAGGAGGGAAGUUCGAUUGAAAGCGUAUGUCACCAAGGUAAGCCCAAGAGUAAAAAGGACAGGGCGCCAAGGUUUGGGUAUGCGACUGGCGGUUGCGAUUCGCCGCCUGAUCUCGUGGACUACACGCUGGAAUGGAUCAAGGAGAAUUUGAGGGACAAAAUUGAUUUUGUCAUUUGGACAGGCGAUAAUAUUCGUCACGAUAACGACCGCAGGAUCCCAAGAACAGAGUUCCAAAUUCUGGAUAUGAACGAAAUUCUUUCUGGGAAGGUCCAAAAGCUCUUUUCCAACCCGAACAGUGAAAAUCCCCGGGAUUUCGAUGUGUCAGUGGUACCCAGCAUUGGGAACAACGAUGUUUUCCCCCACAACAUGUUUGCUUUAGGACCCACGUUGCAGACAAGAGAAUAUCACAGAAUCUGGAACAACCUGGUACCGCAGGAGCAACAACGGACCUUUGACAGAAGUGCUAGUUUCGUGACAGAAGUUAUUCCUGGCAAGCUUGCAGUCUUAUCCAUCAACACAUUGUAUCUUUUCAAAGCAAACCCAUUGGUAGACAAUUGCAGUUCCAAGAAACAACCGGGAUACCAAAUGCUGCUAUGGUUGGGGGCCGUUCUUGAAGAGCUACGACAAAGAGGGAUGAAAGUCUGGCUCUCCGGACACGUUCCCCCAAUCGAGAAGAACUUUGCUGAGGGUUGUUUUGACAAAUACACUCUGUGGACCCAUGAAUACAGGGACAUUAUAAUCGGAGGACUAUAUGGACAUAUGAACAUGGAUCAUUUUAUACCCGUAGAUGGCCAGGCUUCGUGGGAGGCCAUCAAGGCAUCAGAAGAAGGUAACGCUUACGAGAACCAGAAAGAAGGAGAUGAUGAUUUGGAUAUGACAGCGCAUGCUGUGGCAGGACGCGAAGCCCAUCUGAUGGGUGCCAAGCCAGUUGGUAAGGAAGCUUAUAUGAAUCGGAUCCGGGAAAAGAUAUACGAACAAGUCCACCAAAAGAUUCAGAAGUCAAAGCCGCUGGAUGCCGAGAGUGAUGAUUAUGAGGGGAAACGUAAAUCCUUAAAGAGCUUUGAGGAAGUUUGUGAGGAUUACUCAAUCGUAUCAAUUUCCGGUUCAGUUAUACCUACUUUCAAUCCGAGCCUCCGCAUUUGGGAAUACAACAUCACAGACCUGGACACACAAACACAGACAUGGCAGAGUAACUCUUGGGAUCGAUUUUACGAGACCUUGGAGAGCAUCAUGGAACGGGAUUCAUCGAACAUCGAGAACGAACACUUGGAUGGACUUGAAGAAGGUUUUGAGACUCAAAGAAGGAAGAAGAAGCGUGGAAAGAAGCCAAAGGAGGAUAAGACCGUACCGAGGAAAAAACCAAAGACUUUACCAGCUGGCCCAGCAUACACACCUCAGCUGUUUUCACCGACCAGGUUCGUGCAGUUUUACGCUGACUUGAAACAGAUAAACAAGAAAUAUUAUUCAUUUUUGGAAGCCGGAAAGACACCUGAGGAAGCGGCAAGCCAGGCUUUCAAGUAUGAAGUCGAAUACGUGUCGGAAGAUGGACCGUACCCAAUGAAGGGCCUUCUGGUCAAAGACUUCGUCUUGCUGGCCUCCGAAUUAGCCACGGAGAAGAAGAGCUGGGCCAAGUUCAUGGAACGGGCAUUCAUGUCGACAGGCUACACGGACUAA